GGCCAAGGUCACCAUCUGAUUCGCUUCCAUCUACUCGUAAGCAAAAUGCCAAAAGAGCAUCUGAUCAAAGAGCCCAUCGUGCCAGUGUCGUAUCGAACGGUUCGGUUCACAUAACUGUCGUGCCCCCGUCUCGACCAGCAUCUAACAAUUCCCAGGAUACGACUCCUCAUUCGAGUUUGCUCAGCCCAGCGGAUGCUAAUCGUCCUAUACCCCUACCUUCUACGUCCGCAGGUCCAACGACGCCUUCUAAGGUUCCCCUACCUGCGACAUCUAGUACAAUUCCAAUGAGUCUGCCAGAAGGAGGGCUACCGUUGGGAUUCGUUCCCUCGGGACCACCUGUUUCCCCAUAUUCGCGCGGUGGUGAUACAGCGUACACUGCCGCGGGAGUACCACUGCCACCAUCGACGAUUGGGUCACACCAUCAUCGAUUACCAUCAAAUGGCAAAUAUACUGGAAGUACGGCCACUGUACCCAUGCCUGGGGGUUACAAUGAUGUAUUUGCAUCGGGGUCAAGCGAUCAUCCUGCUGUUAUACCUCCUCGUUCUGCCAAGUACGCUGACUCUGAAGAUGAAUCGGUGUCUUCCAGCAUAUCCAGUUCACUGACGACACCUCCUGCACGGAAGAUCAAUAUGGUGAAAGCCUCGGGGGACCCUUACUAUCGCACGCCAGGGUCUGUGCGGUCGACUGCUUCUCGACUGACAGGUGCUGGCGUGCCUUUGCCGCCAUCGACUGUGGCUGGUACGCCGCGAACGUCUCACUCGCAUACUCCAGAUAUUCGGCAUCUUCACGCGGGAGUGACGCCUGCUAAUCUUCACAGGACGAUGUCCUUUUCGACAGAACGGAACGCAUCAGUGCGAGGGUGAUAUUGACGGUGAUGAUAUGAUAGAUCAUAGUUUGAUCUAAGCGAGAGGAGCCUUGUUCUGUGGACAAGAAAGCAGGGCUGAUGGAGAUGGAUGUUGGCUGGUCGAUGAUGACGGCUGGGAAGGGCUCGCACGGUCAGGGGUCCACGCUGAGGAUGAUUGUUUUUUUGAAUGAAUGACGACCCGUAUGAUUGAUUGCUGUUGGAUGGUUGCAUAGUGUGCUCUGGGUGUUAAUGACCGGUUAAAAUUAAUUUUCUGAAUGGUUGAAGCU